AUGCCUGAUGGAGACUCAGAUUUGCUCGCACGGCUCAAUGCGCUGAAGCCCUCCUCGGUGAGGCUUGAUAGCGCGCCGCAUGCUCCUUCGAUCGACGUAGAGCUUGCUCGCCCGCAGACAGUAGAGGACCGACUUGCGGAGCGACUUAAGAGCCUGCGGUCUGGCGGGAUCACAAGUACUCCUACAACGGAUACCAGGGAUGCUGCUCAUCAAGGUCCAGCUAAAGCACUUACUGCACAGGUAAACGAUGAGGUAAAAGCGGAAGCUGAUCCAAUCCGUGACUGGCAGCAGGAUCCGGACAACGAGCAGUCGUUAGAGGACUUGAUAGCAGAUUUGGGUCCAGAUGAGCAGUGGCAGCUUGACCCGGAGGAUCCAGAGCACAUUGCUGGACUUUUGAAAGAAGCGAAGGCUUCGCUUCCGCAACAAGACGGGGCAGGAGCCGGUACAUCAAACGUAGAUUAUGAGUGGCAGCACGUCAAUGCAGAGGAAGCGGGCGACGCUGCGGUUAGCACGAAAGCAGAGGAUCAACAGGACGAAGAAGCCGCAGACGAGUACGUAAGGAAGGUGCUGGCUGAGCUCGAUGCAGAGGAGAAGUACGGCAGCCCUCAGCCACACACGGGAGAUGAAGACGGUACGGUGGGAUCCCCAUCAGACCAUCAACUUCCUUCAAUACCAUCUGCCCUGCCAAAGCCUUCCAACGCCUCGGAGCCGCCGACAUACGAAGACAGCGAGCUCGAAGCACGCUUCUCAAAGCUCGGCCUCGACCUCCCUUCCACACCGAGCGCACCGCCUUCAGCAAAACCAAAGGUAAUUGCUAGCUUAGGUAGGUCGAAGUCCAAGUCAGGACUUCCGAAGUACACGGACGAAGAUAUCAACUCCUGGUGCUGCAUUUGCAACGAAGACGGCGAAGUGAGAUGCCUUGGCUGUGACAGCGACGUCUAUUGUCAGAACUGCUGGCGCGAAGGCCAUGGCAGCGGACCUGGGCAGGAACGGGGCCAUCGUGCUGUGCUGUUUGUACGGAAGGGUGGCGGAGGGUUGGCUGCGGCCUGA